GGUGUACACAACCUGCACAUUCCAUCGCCACACGAACCUCAUGAAGCGAGACUACACUCUCAAGCAUGCUACGUCGAAUCGGUUGUUGCCCAAGAUUGAGCGGCCACUGCUGCAAAAGAAACAUUCAGUUCCUGCCAUCUGCCUCACCCCCAUCGAAGCCAUGUCGUCCAAAGAAGCGCAGCUGUCCGCACGCCACGUAUGCCACCGCACGCCCAGCCACUUUGAGAACAUCGUCAAGUCCAAUACAUGGGUACUCAAGAACGCACUAGCAUCCGAGUCGUCUCGGCCGAUUCGUGAACUCCACGUACGAUUUUCCCGCGCCUACGCCAGCUACAGACUGCACGAGUUUGCCAAAGCACUGGCAGACUUCUCCCACUGCAUCGACAUUGAACCGGCGUGGCACUUGGCCUACUACAACCGAGGCUGCACGUAUUACAAACUCGGUCGACUGGACGACGCCGUUCGAGACAUUAGCAAAGCCGUCAAGUAUGACCCGAAAAACAAAGUGUACCUGGAAAGUCGGGCCACGUUGUUGCGGGAACGGGGGAAUUUUAAAGAAGCGAUUGAAGAUUACAACCGGUUGGAUGCAUUGAUUAUCAAGGGCGACGACGAAGACCAAGAGGUCCUCAGGGAUGACGACCGACCGACAAGCAGCACAUCGUCGUCCCCUCCCAAGCCCCCCGUCCUGAACCGGCGAUACAGCACCAUUGGCAAGAUUGUACUAGCUGAAGACGGCUUGCACCCAUCCCUGGCGUCGCUCUUGCACUUGCCCCACGAAGAACGAACGCGGUUUGACAUAGUGAACGCGUUGCCAUUGGCCAAAGCCUGGCGCUUCUUCCAACAACAAAGCGAGAGUGUCAUGGAGUCGUUUCUGAUGGCGGGAGACCUUGAGAGCGUGCCCGCGCGCAGUCAUAUCUUUCGUCAAGGGGACGACGCGGACUCGUUUUAUAUUUUGCUCACGGGGAGUGUGGCUGUGAGUGUCGAGAUGUUUGAAAACGGAACGAUUACAUCGAAAAAGGUAUGCACGCUCCUUCCUGGCGACGGAUUUGGCGAGCCGAGGGAGAUCCAGGGGCCGCGUCGAGCUACUGUGACCGCACUCAGUAACGUCCACUGCCUCGUCGUCCGCCAUACCUUGUACCAGCAUGCCAUGCGCGAUCACAUGCUGUCUGUGUUUGAAGAAAAGUGCCACGUGCUGCGCCAUUGCCGCGUGUUUGAAACCUGCACGCCGGCGGUGGUGGAACAAAUUGCACAAUUGUCAAGUGUCCUCUUGUUCGAACCGUAUCGGACGAUUCUAAAAGCAGGUGAGCUCGUGGACAAGUUGUUCGUGAUCAAGCGCGGCGUAUGCCACGUCACCAAGUCCCUCGCGCUCGACCCGAAACGCACACCAGAGGCGAAACGCCCGAGUUCAGUGGCGAACAACAUGAAAAAGAAAAAAAGCUACGACGGAUCGUGGGUAGUCGACAACGGGUGGCAGCUCACCAACCCGCGGCUACGCAAUGAAUUCCUAGACAUGGACCAAGACCACUCGAGCUCCAGCUCGUAUAUGGAAGUGACCGUGGCGACAUUAACCACCGGCCAAGUGUUUGGCGAGGUCAGUUUGCUAUCAAGUAUAUAUAUAUAUAUAUAUAUAUAUAUAAAUCUACAAAAAACGGCAACACGAAUGACACGAUCCGUCCUAUCCUUUGCCACGUACACUAAUGCUUUCUUUGAUGCUUUGUUUUGAUAUUAGCCGUGUACAAACGAUGAAUUCACAGCAUCCACAUAUACAUACUGCAGUAGGUAUAGUGGUGUUGGUGUCAUACUUGUUUCGACGUUGCCAACCAACUAAAAAGUAUGCUUUUUUAUAAAAAAAUAAAGAAUUUUAUUUUUAUUUUGGGGUAACUUCUACCUACUACAUGCGUUGAUCGCGAUUGUCAGGCACAAAUAAAAAAUAUAUUGUGAAGGCUGAGUCUGGAUGCCACAGAAAAUUUUAGGUGAAAUAAUAUUCUGGCAGAGUUUUCCUUUUUCAAAUGGGAGGAGAGAAAAUGUUUUCAAGAUAUUAUGAUGUGACCUCUGGAUGCCAUGAAGGAAUGAGAACUAUCCAUAGAAUAACAUGUGGGUAAAAACAGUUGCAGUUCAAACUUUUUUAGGAAACAGUAAACAUUCGGCGCAUUUUGUCACUUUAUAUAUGUCAGAUUUGGUAGCCAAACACACAAUGACGUUUGAAAAAAUUGUCAUAAUAUUUAUGAAAAGUUGCAAAACGAGCAGCUGUUUUCUGACAUUUUUUGUGGCAGUCAGAGUGGCCCUAAUAAAAUAAUAUUAUUAUUUUUCGCGGGGACCUUUCUUGGUCGAUCCGGUUGCUCGAUCACAUCAGGCACCACCACAACCCUCCAAGAACGUACUAUACUACGUAUACACCGUUGAACCAUCAUGUGUUUCAUCAGGUGUGCGUAUUGCGGCCCAACCAGCCGUCAACGAUCAACGUCACAUCCACAACGAUGGUCGAAGUGCUCGAGCUCACCCAGGAAGGGUUGGCCCAGAUCAAUCUCAAGUACAACAGCCGCACCAUGAACGCGUUGCAAGAGUCUUUUCUGUUUCACAACCCACCCAACCCCAAGAUCGCACAGCUGUACAAAGAGAGAGACACGUGGCAGCACGACAAGGCCCGGAUCAUUCGAGACGUGUUGAACCGAGGGAAGCAAACGGGGCUGGUCAAACGGGGCGCGGCCAAUGCUACGACCAAACACCUCGACGGGCUGCACCACCGGUCGUCGUUCUAUGACAACCACUUGUAGUACAUCCUGUAUGUGGAAAUGGAAUUAUAUUUGAUCAUGUAGC